AUGCCGAGGAGCGCGAGAAUUCCGGGAAGAAACGACGAAGAUCAUGCAGAGAAUCAGCUGAUAAUGCUAGAAGAACGAGUUCUCAAUACAUUUGACGGGAGCAGUGAUUUUGCUGGCACACCGGAAUCCUGGGAUGUAAAAGCAUACGUUUCGAAAGUGACAAUUUGUAUUGUAAACGAAAGUUCUGAUGGUAUGACACUGGAAUUUGACCUGAUUGGCACCGAAGCACCAAUUGCGAACGCAAUCCGACGGGUUCUCAUCGCUGAGGAUGAAGUUUUAUGUCAUCGUUUUGGACUGCUACCGAUCAAGGCAGAUCCACGGCUGUUUGAGAUGCCACUUACACGGGUUAUUGGGAUCAAUGAAUCCGGUGUGGAUUGUGAUGAAGAGCCACCAGGUGAUCCAAAAAGAAAUCUGAUUUUUGAACUCAAAGUGAAAUGUACGAAGAAGCCACCAGCCCUAAAGAUCGCCACAGAUCCCAAGGAACUUUAUCAGAAUGCCUUUGUAUACACAAAAUCAUUCAAAUGGAUACCGAUUGGGGCCCAAUCCACCUCCCUCCGUGAUCGACCAGCAAUGGCAAAUGACGAUAUCCUGGUUGCACAGCUUCGGCCGGGCCAACAAAUCGAAGCAAGGUAUCAACUGGUUUUCUUGCGCUUAUAUCCCACUUUUCCAGUAAUUUAG